AUGGCGGGGUUGGGGAUCCAGGCACUGAGCCCCCCAAAUCCUGCCCCACAGUGGGGGUUCGCCUUCCCGGACUGGGCGUACAAACCGGAGUCGAGCCCGGGUUCGCGGCAGAUCCAACUCUGGCACUUCAUCCUGGAGCUGCUGCGGAAGGAGGAAUACCGGGAGGUGAUCGCUUGGCAGGGCGACUACGGCGAGUUCGUCAUCAAGGACCCUGACGAGGUGGCCCGGCUUUGGGGGGUCCGCAAGUGCAAGCCCCAGAUGAAUUACGACAAGCUCAGCCGGGCCCUCAGGUGGGCUUUGGGGGGCGGGGG